UCUGUCCACUGAUUUUUCCAGAUAAGGCAUCAGUCUAUGUGAUAUUGUCGUGUCACGAGAAAAAACUCGAUCUUGAAGCAGCAAGCCACCAUGGAAGCUCUCCUAUUGACCUCAAGACCACCAUUGCUCUCCACGAAACACUCCACGUCGAAUUCGCAGCCACAUCUCUCAUCCACGCACUCCUCCUCAAUAUCUCCGAACCGCCGCCACCCUCCGCCGCUCAAACCAUGGAAGCUCCGCGCCAACCCCAAGGGCUUCGCCGGCCCUCCGCCGCCGCCGCCCGGAAAAGCCCGCCCCACCGCCGGAGGGCCCGACACGAGCAGAAGCAACCGCGACGGCGGCGAAGACGACGACCAGGUCCCGCGGGUGGUGUUCGACAGGAUGAUCGGACGGAUCCUGGCGUUCGUGGGCGUCCCGAUGGCGGCGGGCCUCGCGCUGCUCUACGUCCUCGGGGCGAUCAAGGAGCGAGAGCUGCUGGACAUCCCCCCGUGGCUGCCGUUCCUGACGACGCUGCUGUGCUUCGGGGCGUCGGCGCUGGGGAUCGCGUACGGGACGCUGUCGAGCAGCUGGGACCCGGAUGAGUCCGGGUCGGUUCUCGGGCUGGACGAGGCCCAGAGGAAUUGGGCCGAGAUCUGGAAAGAGGAAGAGCAAGUGUAGGAGGAGCCCGAGAGCCCACCAUACGCAGUUGCAUGGUCAUGCUCCCAAAAAGCUUGUGAAAGUAUCUGGAUCCACAUGAUUUUUGUACGAACUAUAUACUAUGAUUAGUUUUGUCCACUACGUAUGCAUUUUAUAUACCAAGUUGCUUUGCAUAAUGAAAAGGUAACUAGCUAGGAAUUAUAUCA